UUUGGUAACUCCCUGGGAAUCACCGUGUUUGCAAAUUCAGCACAGGUCUCUCCUGGGCUGGGAUGCAGAAGUCCUCACCAACGAACCCUUCGCCUGCGGAGCGGCAAGACCAGGACGAAAGACAAGUACCGGGUGGUGUACACAGACCACCAGCGCCUGGAGCUGGAGAAGGAGUUUCACUACAGCCGCUACAUCACCAUCCGCCGCAAGGCUGAGCUGGCUGCUGCCCUCGGGCUCACCGAACGGCAGGUGAAAAUCUGGUUUCAAAAUCGGAGGGCGAAGGAGAGGAAGGUGAACAAAAAGAAGAUGCAGCAGCAAAGCCAGCCCACCAGCACUACCACGCCGACCCCGCCAGCCGCCGGCACGCCAGGACCCAUCGGAGGCCUCUGCAGCAGCAGCGCCCCAAACCUCGUCUCCUCAUCUCCACUGACCAUCAAGGAGGAAUUCAUGCCUUAA